AUGGGGUGCAGCAAAAAACUGUUAUGGGACACAGGUGUGCUGCUGUUUGAGACUUUGGCAUGGGAAGUGAGAAUGCCAUCAGAAAUUCAUGGCCUCAGAGGUUCCUGUCUGGUUAUACCGUGCUCUUACUCUUACACUUCAUACCCACCAACUAACCCACGUAGAGUUGUGUGGUAUCAGUAUGUGUCGAGUAGCUACCCUUUAGUUUAUGAUCCCUGGUAUCCAGACAGUGUCAUUGACAAGUUCAGAGGAAAAACUGAAAUAUAUAACCCUACAAACUCAGAUCGGGAUUGUAGUCUGCUGAUCAAAAUUGUGGAUCCGUCUCACAAUGGAGAAAAAUUAUAUACAUGGAUUGACCCAGAAAAUAUUGGAAAGAGCACCUACAAGUUUUAUGACGUCACCUCCACGAUUAUUGUUGACUCAAAUCCACAGCAGCCCAUCAUUAAUAUUUCUGGAGGUUUAAAGAUUGGUGACAGCAUUACAGUAGUGUGUUACAUCUUACACACCUGUCCAUACAGCAAACCAAACAUCAUUCUGAAGGGUAUUGAAGGAUCUGAUAAAAUAGAUGAUGUCCAUAUGGAAAAUGGUCGAUGGAAAACCACUCGGACACGCACCGGUGUUGUGAAGGCUGAACGCUCCGAUAUUGAGUGUGUCUUUUAUAGAAUAACCAUUGAGCCUAAACUGACAGCAGAUAUUAUAGAGGGUGUUGCAAAGACCUUCACUUGUACUGUCCACCAUUCCUGUCAGAUGAAUCCUCCGAUCCUCUCCUGGAACUAUGAGAACAUGCCGGUCAAAAAUGAAAAGAAACAACUUACAGGGUUCAAAUUGGCCACCUCUUCCACCAUAACCUUUUUGGGGACAAAGAAAGAUGAUGGAAAGAAAUUAACCUGCACUACAAAUAUUUCUGGACAGAAAAUCACAGCAUCUGUCGACUUACAUGUACAACAGCCUCCAAAACCAGUUAAUCCAGUCCAGAAUAAAUAUUAUUUUACAGAGCCUCCAAGACCAGUGAAUUCAGUCCAGAAAAAAUAUUCAUUAACAGAGUCUCCAAGACCAGUGAAUUCUGUCCAGAAUAAAUCUGUUUCCCAGAAUGAACUCGAUGUGCUGACCUUUGACAAUUGGAAGACAAUUGGACUUUACAUUCUAGCCCCCUCAAUUGCCUUUCUUCUCAUUUGCAUAUUUGCUGGAGUCAUCAUAUACAAGAAGUGUAACAGGUCUUCACCUGCUAAUCCACAAGAAUCACAGCCUAAACAAAGGUCAAAUGAUGAUCUGUAUGCAGCUGUGGCCCGUAUACCAUCACUAAAGAGUCAGAGAAAAUCCUGCACUAUUGAGGAUUAUGAAGAUGUUUAUGCCAACAUGGAAGAUCCCAGCAUUUAUGGAAACGUCUAAUGGAAAUGCUCCACAUCACCUCCAAAAUGUGCACAGUGUUUUCAACAGAAAUAGACAAAAGUCAAACAUAUAUUUUAGUCAAUAUUAGAAAAAUACAACUUUAUUAUAUAUAUUUUAUAUAUAAAAAUAGCAUCAAUAUUUGUAUUUACACGCUUUUAUUCAUAUUAUACUUACUGUAACUUUGUCUGAUUUGUUUGGCAUCUGGAUCUCUCUUUGGCUUAAUAAAUAACAUUUUGUCAUCAUUUACUCACACCUGUUUCAAACCUGUAUCAGUUUCCUUAUUUUGUUAAAUAUAUUUUAAUAAAUGAUGGUGAGCACAUUACCCAUUGACUUCCUUGUUAUUUUUUUCUACUAUGGCAGUCAAGUGUGUUGUUACCAUCAUUUAUCAAAAUAUCUUCUGUUGUGUUUAACAGUAUGAAGAAACUCAUGCAGGUUUAGAAAAGCAUGAGGGUGAGAAAAUGACUUAUAAAGCUUGUGUAAACAGAAAAACGGGUCUGGAAACGGGCUUACGCCAGUUCCUACGUAAAGGUUGCGAUCUAUAAAAAAAAAACUUGACGGGAGAAUUGGCUUGCAGGGUGGGAUCUGAGGAUGAUUCAUAUACGCACAAUUGCAGGUGAUCUGUGAUUUAUAAAGGGAACAUUGCUGUGUUUUAUAAGUCUUAAUAUUUUUUGCCGAAUGCUAUUUUCAUCUUUUGUGCGUACGAAGAUAUUUAGUAAGGAUCCUACGGACAGUUUUAUAAAUGAGACCCCAGGAUUGAGACUGCAGUUUUGCAGAUGCUCUGACCCAAUUGUCUAGCCAUCACAAUUUGGCCCUUAAAGUCACUCUAAAAAUGAAGUUUAAUUUUUUUUAAAACAAACAUUCAAACUACUAAACUACUGAAAAAUGAUGACAGACUUUCAUCUUUUGGGUGAACUAUCCCUUUAAGUACACAAAUUAUGUUUUAUUAUGUAUUAAGGACAAAACAGUAAUACAUUUAUGUUGCAUUUUCAUCCUAUUUUGAAAUAAGAUUUUGCACAUGUGCACUCUCACACACAAACACACACAUAGAUAUUGUCUCAUAGGCGAUAGCAAAUUAGUUUCUUCUUGUAGUAGACACAUUUUUUUAUCGAGGUAUCUUUAUAAUAUACUGUUAUUAUUUUAGAAAUGGCAAAUACUAAUGCCUAGAGGGUCUUACUUUUUGCAAGCUAGGAAAGCUUAUGACAGUACCUUUCCUAAUAAAUACCAUUAGGUACUGAUAUUGUACCUUUGAGGUGCCAAUAUGUAGUCUUUAGGACUUUUGAAA